AUGACUCGUGCAAAUCAGAAGAGAAAAGCUGCCUCUCCUGUACCUUCAAAUAAUUCCAACAGAAAUAAAAAAGACCAAACACCGGGAAACAAUAAAUCUAUAUCUAAUGGAUCCAAGUAUCCUAAAACGAAUAAACAAGACAAGAAUGAACAGGUGAUCGUGCGUAAUUCUUCCAAGACUGAAAUUAAUGAUUUUCCUAGAGGUGGUAAGGCAUCCGAGUAUUCUAUUAAAAAUGGAAAGGAAAGAAACCAUCGAGAUGAUAUCUUUAAUGAUAAUGAAGACAAUAAAUCAUCUGAUGAGGAGGUAGAUGAAGUACCUGUUAAGAAAAAGAGAAAAUCCGUAUCAAAAUCAAACCCAUUGAAAUUUGCAAAAGAUGCGGACGCUAAGUUAAAUAAUUUCAAAAAAGAUUCGGUGGAAUUAUUGUCAAUUCAGCAUCUUAACGUUGGAGCAUAUUUCUUGGGUCGAAUUGUACAAGUAAAUUCUGUGAAUUUGGUUGUAUCACUUCCCUAUCAAAUGGAUGAGAUUGAAAAUGAUAAAAAUCAAUUACCAGAAUUAUCGUCACUAUUUAGAGUAGGUCAAUGGAUUCGAUGCAAAGUUUCUCGUCUUGAAUCUCCGGUUGCCGCUACAUCAAAACAUUGGCGUAUACAUCUAACGCUAGUUCCAGAUGAAGUUAAUUCCGAUAUAAUGGUUGCUGACUUGUCUAAAGGAAUGGUCAUGUCAGCUUCCGUUGAAAGUGUGGAAGACCAUGGAUAUAUUCUUUCUAUUGGAUUGGAUGGUAUCAGUGGAUUUUUGCAUAAUGACGACGCAAAAGAUUAUAUAAAUAGUUAUAACAAUGGUAAUGAAUUUGCUGUGGGACAAGUUAUUACCGUUAGUGUUAUUGAUGAGUUAGAUAACAGACGAACUGUUAGGUUGACAGCAGAUCCGGAAAUUGUUGCUAAAACAAGAAUUUCAGACGCUACCGUACAGAAUAUUUGUUCGCUUCUUCCUGGAAAUUUAAUUACAACAAUUGUAACAGAUAUUUGUUCAAAUGGUUUACGUGUAAAGAUAAUGGGUCUUUUAGAUGGAAUCAUUGAUUUUUUCCAUGGGCCAAAGAUCAUGAAAGAUUCCCAUGAAUUCCAUGAAAAUUUUAAAAUUGGUAGCAAAGUACAUGGUAGAAUUAUUUAUGUUUCUUUCACAACUGAGGCCAAAAGGAUAAGAUUAUCUCUUUCACCGCAUGUUAUUAAAUUGGAACAAACUAAAUUAAAUAUUGACAGAGAGUUGUCAAUUGAUAAGGCUCCCAUAGGAGAAAUACUGGAAAAUGUUAUGGUCAAAAAAGUUGAUAGGCGUAAAGGUGUAUUGGUGGAAAUUGAAAAUAUGAAUGUAAAUGGAUAUGUUCGGUUUUCAGAUUCAGAAAACACAAAUGAUUUGAUACCAGGCUCGGCUCAUCGAGCUCGUGUAAUUGGAUUUGCUGCCGUUGAUAAUCUUUUGUUAUUAUCAACAAAGAAGUCUGUUCUGGAACAAAAAUAUUUUAGAUUUGAUGAUGUCAAUAUUGGAGAAAUUACAGAGUGUAAAAUUAUAAACAUUAUAGACAACGGAAUUUUGGUUGCAUUAUCUGAUAAUAUAACAGCAUUAGCUCCCAACACACACCUUUCCGACACAAUAUUUACUCAUCCAUCUCAAAAAUUCAAAAUUGGAACUACUCAUAAAUGUCGAGUUCUUAACACGGACCCGCCAAACAAUCAUAUUUACGUUACCUUCCGUCCUAUACUUAUUAAUUCCGAUUUGCCAAUCUUCAAAUCAUUUGAUGAUGUAAAAUCCGGAAUCGUUACCCAUGGAAUCAUAUCCGGGAUUAUAGGACAAGGUUGUAUCGUACAAUUCUUUGGUGGGUUAAAAGCUUUUAUACCGAUUAAUCAAUGUGGUAUUGAAGCGAUAAAGAAUCCAAAGGAUCAUUUUCAAAUCGGACAGAUUGUAAAAUGUAGGAUAACGAAAGUUGUUAAGGAUAAGGAGUUGAUUAUGGGAAGUUUCCAAAUUAAUGAUGCUACAAAUAGUGAUCUAAGUGAAAUUAAUUUGGGUGAUCAACUAAAACUUAAUGACGUUUUAAGCAAUUUAAUGGUUAUUGCAAAAAAUGAGCCAAAAGGUUUUGUUAAUGUAACAAAAAAAUCUUUAUUAAUCGAAGCAAAAAGGAAUAAUAAGUUCCCUGAAAAAUUAGAUGAUAUUGAAGUAGGAGACGUAGUGUGUGGGUACGUCAAAAGUGUUACCGAUUACGCCGUUUUCAUAGGAUUUUUGGGAGGAUUUAGUUCUAGAGCUACAAGAGACAAAUUAGCAGAUCAUUUUAUUGCUAGCCCAGUUGGGAUUUUUCAUGUUAAUCAAUCAGUUGUUGGUUUAAUAACGCAUAUUGAUAAAGAAACGUCAAAAUUCGACAUUUCAUUAAAACCAUCAGAAAUUUCCAUCAGCAAAUCUCUGUCAUUUAUUAAUCAAGGUAAUUUCAUUAAAUCUUACUUUGAGGAACUUUUACAUACGGGAAAAAAUUUGACUAGGCAGGAAGAAAUGAAAGUAAUGAUCGGAGAACGCGUAAAGUGUCUGGUUAAGAAAAGGUUGCCAUCUAAACAAGACGACGAUAUGAAUGAUGAUGAUCACGGAGGUUGGAAAGUUGAAGUUAUUAUGGUAAAUGAAAAUAAUUCCAAAAAGAUCAAAGGAGUAGUUAGCGAAGAGCAAGCCAAUACUAGGAAUGAUAUUAAAGAAGGUGACCAAAUAGAAGGAGUCGUCCUUGAUAUGGAUAUGAAAGGAAAGAAUAUUGAUUUGGGCAUUCGACAUAAUAUGAUUUCUUUUGGAAAGAAUGGAAAGCGAAACAAAAACAAAAAUAUUACCGAUAGUGUUGUUAGCAGAAAAGAUUUGAAAAAACUUUUAAAUGAAAAGACAUUGAUCGAUGCAAUAAUAGAACAAGUUAAAGAAGAUUAUAUUAUUGUGUCAUUACCCGGGCAGUCUAACGCUAUAGCAUUCGCAGCCUCAAAAUCCUUUAAUAAUCGUUCCUCACCUUUUAUGAAAUAUCAAUUUGGACAAACCAUCAAAGUUCAAAUAACUCAUGUACCUCACCAUCUUCAUAAAAAAUCUCUUAAUGAUUCCGCAUUUCAAAAGCACACGUUACAACAUCGUGUUUUGGUGUCUAUUAUAGCUUCAGAUCAAGAUGACAAAUUAAUAAUAUCUGGAACAAAAACUAUUGAUGAUUUUAAUGAAGGUCAAGUUAUUAAAGGCACGGUUUCGGGUGUGGAAAAUUAUGGAAUAUUUAUAAAGAUUGAUAAUAGUAUUGUAAGUGGAUUAUGCCAUAAAUCAAAAAUAUCUGAUGAUUAUGUCAAGGAAGUGAGUAGCUUGUUUAAAAUUGGUGAUCAUGUCAAAGCAAAGAUUUUGAACAUUGAUAAAGAGAAGCAGAAAGUUGGUUUUGUCAUGAGAAAGAGUUAUUUUAAAAGUGACGACGAUCAAAUGGAUACGGAUGAUAAUGAGAGUGAAGAGGAUUCAGUAGAGGGUUCGGAAGACGAGCAAAUGGAGGUUGAUAAAGAUUUGGCCGAUAAAUCCAGAUCAAUGAACUUACAUUGGGAAAUCGAUUCAUAUGUUGACCAAACUGGUGAUUUAAUGACACAAAAACCCGAAGUUGAUGUGGAUUUUGAAAGAUUAUUAAUAGGAUCACCCAAUUCUUCAUAUUUAUGGAUGCAAUAUAUGGUUCAUCAAAUCAAAUUAUCUGAAAUCGAUAAAGCAAGAGAAAUUGGUGAAAGAGCUUUGAAAAUCAUUAAUUUCAGAGAAGAGCAAGAGAGGUUGAAUAUAUGGAUUGCCUUGAUGAAUUUAGAGAAUAAUUAUGGAAGUGAAGAAACCAUGUCUAGAAUUCUUACUAGAGCUUUACAAGCUUGUGAUCAAAAGAAAAUAUAUACAAUUCUUGUAGAGAUUUAUGAAAAAUCGAAUAAGCUCGAGCUCGUGGAAAAUACUUACAAUACCAUGAUUAAGAAAUUUUCACAAAGCUCCAAAGUCUGGAGUAAAAUGGGACUCUACUAUACUCGGAAUGGUAAAAUCGAAGAUGCGAGAGCUUUAUUACAAAAAAGUUUAAAAAUAUUACCAAAACGGAAACACGUUAAAACCAUUACAAAAUUCGCUCAAAUGGAAUUCAAACAUGGGGAGGUGGAAAGAGGACGAACUAUAUUUGAAGGGAUGAUGAAUAAUUACCCUAAAAGAAUUGAUUUAUGGUCAAUUUAUAUUGACAUGGAAAUUAAAGCCAAAGAUUAUAAUGCUGUCAGGUAA